AUGGGUGACUCCAUCAUCAAAGGUAUCUGCUUUUUCUACGCCAUCACUCUGCCUUUUCCUGGCGCUACACUAGCAGACAUCACAGACAAAAUGCCCUCCCUUCUCCGUACACUCCCUCCUCAGUCCACCGCAUCAUCCUCCAUGUCGGUGUAAACGACACCUCGUGAUAUCAACGCGACAAAACAAAACAUGAUUUCAAAAAACUUGUAUUGUCUGUCGCCAACUGUGGCAAGUCAAUGUUCUUCAGCGGACCCCUGCUGACUGUCCUCCCGCACAAGGAGCGUUGCACCCGACUCCUAACGCUGAGCCGCUGGGCUCAGACCUACUGCUGCGCUCACAAAACCCACUUCAUCAACAACUUUCACCCCUUUCACUCCACAGCACCACUACCUCCCAACCACAGCGCCCCUCAAGGCUGCCAACUGAACUAUCCCCCUCAUCUCCUUUCCACCAUGAAACUCAUUAUUCCCCACUUGCUGGCUCCAUCCCCACCAUCAUCUGCUGCAGACGCCCCCAUCAGCCCACUUCCAGAGUGUGCAACCCUACCACCUUCUCGCUCCCCCCGGCCCCCUCUUUUGAACACAUCGCCCUUAAACUCCCCGGACCAUCACCACUCAUCAUUACUGUCCUCUACCGCCCACCCAAACCCAACCCCUCUUUCCUCCAGGACUUCUCAGACUUUCUUCUUCAGCUUAGCACCAUCUCACCAUCCAUCCUCCGCCUCAGCGACCUCAACCUCCAUCUUGACGACCCCACCUCCCGACCUGCUCAAGACUUUUUGGACAUCCUCAACCACUGCAAUUUCACCCAACACAUUAACUUCCCCACCCACAAGCAUGGCCAUAUCCUUGAUCCUGUCUGCUCCACCAACAUAACAAUCUCCGACAUCUCCAGCUACAACCUCCACAUCUCAGACCACCUCGCAAUCACCCUAGACAUUCACAUCCAUCAACCAAGCCCUACUACCCCAAGGACUAUUACAUUUCGCAAACUCACCCCCCUCUCCCCAGAACAGUUUGCACUUCAGCUGGUAAACUCCAUCCCCACCUCCCCUUCCCCUCCUUCUGCCAAUACCGGCGACCUCAUCAAGCUGUACAACUCCACCCUCUUGUCCUGCCUCGACAAUAUCGCACCCAUCCACCAAAGAACUGUCUCCUACCGUCGCCCUGCCCCCUUGUACACCCCCAAGCUCAGGGAGAUGAAAAGAACAAAACGCCAACUCGAACGCCUCCACAAGAAAACUGGUCUCACUGUCCACCUCCACGCCCUCACCGAGUACAUCCACAAAUACAACAACACCCUUAACACCGCCCAGACCUCCCACUACUCCAACAUCAUCCAUGCUGGCUCUAGUAAUCCCAGAUCCCUAUUCUCCACAGUCAACUGUCUGCUCGAACCCCAGGAUCAUAUCUCCUCAUCAUUCACUACCAGCAAAUGCAACACCUUCCUCAAAUACUCAAAGAUAAAAUCAACUCCAUCUACCACUCCCUUGGCCCCCUGCUCCAUCUCCUCCACCACCCUUGCCACCGUCACCUCCUGCCUCAACAAAAUAAAAACCUGGAUGCACCACAAUUUUCUCAAACUCAACAGAGACAAAUCAGAUCUCAUAAUCAUCGGUCCCAAAACCCUCACCAAAACCACCUCAGACAUCUCCAUCCACGUUGACCAAUCCUGUCAUAUCACCCCCUCUUCACUUGUCCGCAACCUUGGUAUCCAUCUCGACCCCAACCUCACUUUUGACCACCACAUCUCCCAACUUGCCCGCUCCGCUUUCCUUCACCUGCAAAACAUUGCAUGA